AGCAAUCGAAGAUAUUAUAUCUUUGUUGAUGUUUGUUUAAACGCGUUCUCACGUCUGCACUGAAUGUUUAACAUUUAUUUGCACAUGUUUAAUAACAUUGCAAAUGCAAACGUUUGCUUAUUUGUAUUUAAUUUCGCGUCUCCGGUAGAGGAUGUUUGAAUAACUUUUUGGGGGAUAACGAUUGUUUUGCACUAUCUGUCCUACUUAGAAUACAAUAAAACCAAUUUUUUUUUCUUUUAUAUUAAAAAUAUUUUGAAGUGAUAAGGAAAUGUGUACACUUUUAAACUUUCGUGAUAAGCUAUCGCAGCUGUGCGCGAGUUCAGAUUAAUGGAAUGUAGUAUGUCAAUCAUUGCUCGAGUAAUUCGGCGACUGUGUACAACGUAUUGAUGUUCGGUCCGCAGUUGAUUGAAUUUCGUGCGAAUUGCUUUAGAGUGUGCGACCUCCUUUUACUCCUCCUCCUCUCAUCAUCAUCAUCGCGAUGGAGCUGAUCGAGGCCAAAAUCACGGCCAUCAUCUGCCUAAUCCUGGGUAGCAUGCUCGUCGGCCUUCUGCCAUCCUGGAUCUCCAGGUACGGCAGAAACAAUUACCCGCUUCUCCUGUCGUCGCUCCUUUGUUUGGGCGGCGGAGUCCUCCUCUCCACCUCGCUGGUGCACAUGCUUCCCGAGAUCCGGGAGAGCUUUCCCAAGUACGGCGAGUACACGGAGGUCCUCUUCUGCGCUGGAUUCUUCAUUUUAUACCUUAUCGACGAGGCGGUGCAUUUCUGCUUCGGCAUCAGCCACGACCACGGGAGCAGCAGCAGCAGGCAACAUCAGCCUGAAGGAAGAAGGAAGGUCUACGGAUCGGUGGAGACGCAACCGCUGAUUUACGAAAGACAGGAUCCCUACAAUCCCCAUUACGAGGACGUCGAGACAAUCACUAGCAACAAUCAACAUCAUCAUCACCACCACCACAAUGAGCACCAGCAGCAACCGUCCCAGCUUUGUCACAUCGGACACGAGGAGCCCUGCCAAAACACACCUGUGAAUUGCUUCGGCCUUCUGGCCGCGUUAUCGAUACACGCAGUUCUCGAGGGUUUAGCAGUCGGAUUGGAAGUUUCUCCGUCGCAGGUAUUCUUGCUGUUUGGAGCGAUCGCCUCGCACAAGCUGGUAGUCGGUUUCUGCCUGGGAGUGGAAUUAGCUUCGAUACAAGACAACAGCGCCCUGAGGCACUUCAUAGCGAUUGUGAUCUUCAGUUGCGGCACUCCUUUGGGCAUCACCGUCGGAAUGUCCAUUGCGAACAUCCCUAAGCACAUCAUUGAAUACCUCCUACCCAUUUUACAGUGUUUGGCCGGCGGUACUUUGUUGUAUGUGAGCGUGAGCGAAGUGCUGCCUCGGGAAAGGGCGCGAUGGCAUCAGCAGACCGGGAACAGGAAGGCCGGAAUCGUCCAAUUCCUCUCCGUCUUAACGGGAUUCGUGAUUAUGACUGUCCUAACACAUUACAUGGAGCAUUAACGCUUUCGUUUGCGUUAAUAUAUAUAUUUAUAUACUGACGAAGACGAUUCGAUUUAGCUUUUAAGUUCAUUAUUUUUAUAAAUAUAUUUUUUUAUUUUACUGCUGCUAUUUAAGCAACAAUC